AUGGCUUGCAGAGCUCACCUGAGUCGCCACAUUCAUGGAGCCUUGCGUAAAGAAAAAUACUAUUUGCCGAAUUUCAAUGGGGAAGAAUUCUUGGUCAACGAUCCGUCCACAGGGGAAAUACUCUCCACGGUAAAAUCUGCUUCGACAGAGGACGUCAACUUCGCCAUUGCCGAUGCGGACACCGCAUUUAGAUCGGGGGUAUGGUCAAGAUUGCCACCCAUUGCUCGUUCCAAGGUUCUCUCAAACCUUGCGCGAAUCCUCGAGGAACGCAUUCCCGAUCUUGCGGUGAUUGAGACCCGCCAGACAGGUAGGACCAUUCAUGAGAUGAAAGCUCAACUUGGACGAUUGCCUGAAUGGUUAGAUUACUUUGCGGCUUUACUACGUACUACUCAAGCCUUCGUCGCUCCAACACAGGGAAGUCUCCUCAAUUAUGUCCAACGUGUACCACUUGGUGUUGUGGCCCAAAUUACACCCUUCAACCAUCCUUUGUUGAUUGCAGUGAAAAAAAUGGCGCCGGCUCUUGCGGCUGGUAACAGUGUCAUUGUCAAACCAUCUGAGUUGGCUCCAUUGACUGUCCUUGAAUUUGCAGGGAUGGCCAAAGAGGCUGGAGUUCCCCCUGGCGUACUACAUAUCUUACCUGGAUAUGGACCGGGUACAGGUAUAGAGAUUGUAAAGCAUCCUUUGAUUCGAAAAGUCGACGUCACCGCAAGCACGCAAACCGGACGUGCAAUAGGAAGCGUUGUCGGGUCCAACAUUGUGGCUUACACUGCUGAAUUAGGCGGAAAGGCACCCAUCAUCAUAUUCAGCGAUGCUGAUCUGGUCGCUGCAGUCAACGGGACAGCUUUUGCCUCGUUCAUAGCAUCUGGUCAAACAUGCGUAUCAGGUGCACGGAUACUCAUUCAAGACAGGAUAUACGACAAGUUCCUAGCCCGUUUCCUUGAAAAAGUAGAUACCAUCCGACGUGGAAUGGGCAAUCCAUUGAACCCAAAAUCUUCGAUGGGAACGGUCAUUUCGUCCCACCAUUUGCAGCGUAUGGAAGGAAUGGUGAAGCGCACAAACGGUACAAUUCUCAGAGGUGGCGAACCCAUGUCUGGAACUUCCGAUUUAGAUGGCUUUGAUUUCUCGAAAGGAAGCUUCUUCCCGCCCACGGUCAUCACGAACAUUUCCGUGGAAGAUGAAUUGUGGAAGGAAGAAAUUUUUGGGCCUGUGGUCGUAAUAAAGCGCUUUUCGGACGAGGCUGAAGGUAUUUGUUUGGCAAAUCAUUGCAAGUAUGGCCUUGGGGCCGGUAUCUGGACUUCGGAUCUGUCCCGAGCCCAUCGUGUCGCUGCUGAGAUAGAAGCGGGCAUUUGCUGGGUAAAUACGCACCAUCGCAACGACCCAAGUUCACCCUGGGGUGGGAUGAAAGGGAGUGGCAUUGGUCGCGAGAAUGGCAUUGAAUCGUUAGAAUCCUAUUCGCAAAGCAAGUCCAUCAUUAUUAAUACAGCCCGUGCAGAGGUAUCAAGAGAAAUGGACGAUUGGUUCGGAAGUACAGAGGGGCGGAGAUAUGGUUGA